GGGGGGAAAUACAUAUUCAUAAUAGAAAUAUGUUUACCACUUUGAAUGAUAUUUUGAUUAAAAACUACGAGUUUGCACAAGACAAAAGUUUGAUGCCUGAAAGCUCCGUGUGGACCUUUUAGUGUGUUAAUUUUGGCACCCUCUGUGGACAAAGCUGUACGUCUUUAUUUGCUGCUUUUGUCCUGUUUAUGUGAAAGUACUGUUUUCUACUGACUUUCAACAGUCAGACAAACAUUCACUGUGAGUAUAUCUGUAGGAAAGUAAACAGAGGCUGUUUCUGUAGCAUGCUGUCACUUGCAAUAUGACUUCAGCACAACAGUACUUUCAAGGAUUAAAAGUUACCACACAGAAAUCAUCAAUCUGGAGGUUGAUUGUCUUGUUUGCAGAUAAUCUUUGCAGCAUGUUGCAAGAGUUUCCACCCUCCAAACUAUAAUAAUCCUCUGUGGCUCCCUGUUCUUCUGUACACCUAGGUGAGUCUGAUUACUCAUGCCAGGCCUAUUUCCUAUGAACGUAGAGAGGAGGGGCUUAUAUUGUGGCAAGGAAUGUUUUGUUACACAUUACUUGGUAACUAUUGAAGAAAACCUGUUCACUUUCACACUACCAGCUGCUUUCAGAGGGUGGGGCAAAGGUUUAAAUAGCGGGAGUUGGUGACAGAAGGGACACAAAGAACAAGAGAAAAGAGACGCUAACAAAUGGAAGACUUGAGUAUUAAGAAUAUCAGCCUAGAAAAAUCUGAGAAUGUGGAAAGACACAGGACAGAGGACUUCAGCAGCUCCAAAGCGCUGGUGGUGCGCAGAGGAGCCCCGUUCAGAAUCAGACUGCAACUGGAGGGCCGACCCUUCAACCCCAAGACUGACUCCAUUAGGAUCAAAGUUAUGCUGGGCCGUCUGUAUGUGAUCAUGCCGGUCACCUUCUCCAAGAAGGUUUCCACCUCUCACUGGAAAGCCUUUAUGGACCCCGAGGGUCUGGACCUCAUGAACCCCUCCAUCUUCAUCUCCUCUCCUGCCUCUGCCUCGGUGGGCUGCUACAGGUUUCAGCUGUUUGUGUUCACUCAGGGCAAGCAGAGGAGACGUGUGUUUGGAAGAUUCAUCCUGCUCUGCAAUCCUUGGUGUCAAGAGGACACAGUGUACAUCCCCUUUGAGGACCAGAGAGAGGAGUACAUCCAGAACGACUCUGGGCUGCUGUUCAUGGGGACGGCAAAGAAUAUUGUGGCAAGGCCAUGGUCCUUUGAUCAGUAUGAGUCUGGUGUUCUGGAGACGUGCCUGAAUCUGCUCCAAGUCAGCCCUCAGCACCAAAAGAACAGAAGGAAGGACUACCUGAACCGAAACAACCCGGUCUACAUCAGCCGGGUGGUGUCAGCCAUGAUCAACAGUGAAGAUGACCGUGGAGUGCUGAAAGGGAAAUGGUCCGGUGAAUUCAAAGAGGGGGUGAAUCCCUCCUCGUGGACAGGAAGUGGGGACAUCUUAAAGCAGUGGGCUGAGACUGGUUACAGCCCAGUCAAGUAUGGACAGUGCUGGGUGUUUGCAGCUGUCAUGUGCACAGUCAUGAGAGUUCUUGGCAUUCCCUGCCGUGUCGUCACAAACUUCAACUCGGCCCAUGACAAGAAUGACAACCUGGUGAUUGAGGAGUUCUACUCUGAGAGCGGGAAGAAGCUGAACCUCAGCAAAGACAGCAUCUGGAACUUCCAUGUCUGGGUGGAGUGCUGGAUGACCCGCCCGGAUAUUGGAUCAGGAAUGGAUGGAUGGCAGGUUCUGGACCCGACCCCCCAGGAGAGGAGUGGAGGAGUGUUCUGCUGCGGCCCAGCCCCAGUCAAAGCAAUCAAAGAUCGUCGUAUCGACCUGGUGUACGACAUCCCCUUUGUCUACGCCGAGGUGAACGCUGACAUCCACAUGAUCGUACUGAGCGGAGAGCGGAUGCUCAGCUUCAGCAAAGACACAGAGAGGGUGGGGUCCUUCAUCUGCACCAAAGCUGUGGGCCACUUGAGACACCAGAACAUCACAGGGGACUACAAAUACAUCAAAAGUCCAACUUCAACACUUUCAUCAAGAAGCUCCACCCAUUCAGACGACUCAACUUUAAGCCGAGGCUCAUCCAAGGGGGUGUUUGUCAUCCUGGACCUGGAAAAAGCUCCUGUUGCAGGAGAGCCCGUCCGCUUCUCAGUGAGAAUCAUCAACAAGCAGACAAUCCCCAAAAUGAUGAAGGUGCAUCUGAAUGCUCAGGCUAAAGAAUACCACAACAGCCCCUCAGACACCUUCUGGGAAACUCAUGGUGUCAUAAAACUGGCCCCCAUGGAAGACACAAUCCUCCACCGCCAGAUCCUCCCGGCUCAGUAUGAGGACGUGGUGGGAGACGACCUGAUAAACCUGGCUGUAGUCUUGGAGGACAUGGGCAGUCAGGAGCGAGUCCUGGCCAUGGAGGAGUUCAACAUCGCCAGCCCACUGCUCAACAUACAGAUUGCAGAUGAAGACUCCAUAGUGCCGAACCAAAAGCAGACGGCCACAGUGACCUUCACUAACCCAUAUUCUCACCCUGUGAGCGGAGUCCUGACUGUAGCCGGGGCUGGCCUGAUCCAGGGCAAGAUUCAGUUCAGGAUGCCCCCUCUGGGUCCACGUGGAGUCGUUGAGCAGCGCAUCACCUUCGUACCCAGCAUGGCGGGAACAAAGAUGCUGCAGGCGAAUCUGUCGCUGGCCAACAUGAGGAUCAACAUCAGAGGCUUCAAGAUGGUUUCUGUUAGCAGAGCUUAGAUCUCAUUUUUACAUUAUUUACCUUUAAUUUUCAUUUGACUCAGGGGUCACAUUUAGGAACACAUUUCUGAUAUUUUUCAUCUCUGAUGCCAUUUCUUUUGUGUAUGUUGUAAAAAUGUAGAAAGUCUUUCAGUUGCAGCCAGGACACAAAAAACAUUACCACCAACUCUAUGUUUUUCUGCUGCUGUCAACAUGGAUGUGAAUACAUGAUAGAUAUAUUUAUUUUAUUUGCUAUUUAUUUUGUUAUUUAUGUGUUUGAGCCAUGACAAUAAACAUUGUAACCGGAUUAUCUGGAUAUCCUACUUGAAAUUCAAAAGCUGCAACAAUAGAUUGUAAUGGAUCAUUGUAAUUUUUGCUUCGUUCAAAAAUAAAAAACAAUUUCUUAAAAACUCUG